GAGGGGUCACAUCGGAGUAAAGCAGAAGGUGAACAAAUGACCUUCAAACUGCACCAGUCUCCCUGGACGAGGGGGAGGGGAGAGAAGUAAUUGGGAAUGAAUAAGGUCAGAGCACCUUCCCUCCACCCCCCAUAGAAGAGAGUUCUCCAUUCUCAGUUCUUUCAGGAUCAUGGGUAAAUUUUUCUCAUUCAUUCCCUGAGCUAGAUCAGUUGGAAACAACAAAGCUAAGUGACUGGCAUCCUCAGUUCUUUUCCUGAAGUGACUGGAUGGUGUUUGAGCUCCCUUCUGAAGGGAAAGAAAGAGAGUAACAGAGUGAGACAGACAUUGGCAGAAAUAUAUAAAGAGAAAGACAAAGAGAGAAGAAGGCAGACAGAAAACCAGAGUGUGCGUGAGAGGGAAAGACAAACCCCGAAGGGUGCAGAAAGCAGUAGAGUAAGAGGAAGAAAGAAGGAACUCACCCUGGAAAGGGAGUUUCCCUGCUCCUCACCCCACUGUGAGGACUGGCGAGGAUGAACUGAAAUUAGGAAGGAGGCACUGGCCCUGAGCUACAUGGGACAGCAGGGUCAGCUGUUUUUUCUUCAUGGGGAUCGGUAGCCCGCUUGUGACCCUCUCUGCUCUGGCAAGUCUCUCUUGGUUUCCCCAAGUAAGAUGUGAGGAGGCCUGUGUGAAUGCUGAACACUGCUCAAGCACUGAUUGGGUCCGUCUCUGGUACAUCUGGCUGGUGGUGGUGAUUGGUGGGCUGCUGCUUCUGUGUGGCCUGGUGUCAGCCUGUGUGAGGUGCUGCUGCCGGCAGGCAGGGGAGGAGUCGGGUUCCCACCCCUAUGAGGUCACAGUCAUCGCCUUUGAUCAUGACAACACUCUCCAGAGCACUAUCACUUCUCUGCAUUCAGUGUUUGGUCCUGCUGCCAGGAGGAUACUGGCUGUUGCACGUUCCCACAAUACCGUGCUAGGAUCACCACCACCUUGUGGAUCGGAGACCCCUCCAGUCUAUGAGGAGGCCCUACAUAUGAGCAGGUUCACAGUAGCCCGGACUGGGCAGAGAGUCCCAGACCUAGCCCCAGUGCUAGAGGAAAAGCAACAGGUGUCAGCUGUGAAAGAUGAUUCACAAUAAGACCUCCCCUGAUGUGAAUGCACCCAAUUUCUUUUUCUUUUUUUUUUUUUUACUUGAACAACAAUGCAGAGUGCUAAUAUUCAAGGGGAGAAUCCAAAAUCUGUUGUAGGUGGGCUCAGGAAUACAGUUCAGGUUAUUCUCCUCUUUGAUCGAAUGUCCUGAACAAGGAAAGUAACUCAAUUUCCUAAUACUUUAUGACCCAUAAUAUUUUCAUGGAUCUCUCUUGAUACCUCCUUGGAGUCUUUUAUUGUUAAUUAGUUAUUGCUAUUCAUUAUUAUUAUUUAUUACUCUCAUUACACACAUCAAUAAGAUGCCCAUCACUGUAGUCUCUAGCACCAUAGUUAGUCCUUGCACCAGGGCAGCAGGGUUAUUCUGUUGAUCCAAUCUGCUGGCAGGUGUUAGAUGCUGACUGAUUCCUGAUGGCUCAUUGUGGCAGGCGUAGCUUAGUCACUCUAACCUGGCUGUAAGGGAAGUGGGAAUGGUUAUUUUGUUAGAGGGAGACAGGCAUAGGACACAGAGAUCUGAUGGAAGAACACUAGGAACAGCCAAGAUUAGGGAAAGAACUUGAGGUGGAAUAUGUUUUUUAUUAUUAAUUACCUUAUUGAUAAUGACAUGCCACAAGAAAAGGGUGAGUUUAACCUUAUACAGUGUUUAUAUUUUGGAGCAGGGUGGUAACACCAUCUGCUUAUAUAAAGUACAUAACUGUGAUAAUAUAACACUAUAGAUACAUGCAGUGCUUUAGAGAUCAUAUUGAAAAACAAGAGGCCCAGUCCUAAAUAUCUCAUUUUUUUUUUUUAGUUCAAAUAUAAGCUAUGUGGGAUAACAGAUCAGACAUGCGAAGGGGCAGAAACAUUGCUGGUGAAAUAAAGCUCAAUUAAUGUUUAUCUGUGUAUUAUUACUAGGCUUGGAAGGUUAGAUUGUUAUCAGCAGAUGUGGGUAAACAUCAAUUUCAACAUACACUCACAAAUGGACAAAAAUAUUUCAUUGAUAAUAAUCAAAAUGUACAGAUAUGUAAAGUAAUAAAAAUGCUGCAUGAGAACUUAAUAGAGUUUGUUUUAAGGGUAUUUGUGCGCUUUAAUGCCAUGUUGACAAUUUGUGGUUUAAUGGUCAUAAACCUUUAACUGUUUUCCCAAUGUCUAUCAAUAAAAAAUUCUCUGACCUCC